GGCCUCCUCAGCCAGCCCCGGAGAGGCAAAGUGGGGCGGAGAGAGGCCCGAAAGCCGAGGAAACUGAUGCGCCAUGCCCGGCACGUGGCCGCCUGGCUCGGCUUCCCCACCGAAGAGAAAGCGGCGGGGCGGCGCCUGUGCCGGAAGUGCGCAGGGCAGACCAAGCGGCUCCCGGCGCCACUCCGGAUCAACAAAGCCGAGCGCGCUCGGAGGGGUGCCGUGGCGUUUCCGUGGCCAGCAGCAGCUAUGGAGGGACAUGGAAAAAAAUCAUCACCAAGUCAGCCUAAAUAUCGAAUACCAAAGAAGAAAUCCUCACAGUCAGAUGAUGUCCAUGUUCAGUCCCCACUGUCUAGACUUUCCCACCCAUGGGAUCGCACAUUGCAAGAGUGGACAUCAAGGUCUAAAAAUAACAAUUUUAACGCAAAGUGGGGAAGAAAAAGACCUUUUGAGAAACGUUACAUCAAUGAUGAAGGACCAGCAUUUGGGCAACCCAAAGUUAUCUUGACGAAUGUCCUGAAGACGGAAAUAGGAAGAAAAUACAUAAAGACACAGCUUAUAACUGAUAUAACUCAUGGUGUCCAGUUGCAGUCAGAUCAACAAACCUCACCAUCUGUUGACAGUGUAGAGAUACGGGAAAUAUUAAGUCUUCUUCAGCAAAACCUUUUUAUAUCUAGAAGGCAACCCAAAGUUACCUUGACAGAUGUUCUGAGGACGAAAACAGGAAGAAAAUACAUUCAAAGGCACCUUUUAACUGAUCCUAGUCUAUCUGAUGCUAACAAGUUGCAAUCAGAUGAACAGACCUCCUCAACCAUUGCCAGCCUAGAGUCAUGUCAAAAAAUAAGCUCUCAAGAAAGCCGUAUUUUACCUAAAAGGCAUGGGACAUCUCAACGAAGGCCGAAUGACCAGAAACCAUAUAAAGAAGCAGAAACUCAUAGCACUUUUUUGCCUUUAAAAAGAUGUGACGUGCUUCUAGAAGACUGUAACAUAAAGAAUAAAGAAAGAGAUUGGCCAGAGAAAACAAGAAAAGAUUCCAAGAAUCUCUAUCCGAGAUUGAGGGAAGCAACCUUUCAAAUCAAUGAGAGCAGAAAAAGAAGGAGUGAUGUUUUCUCAAAUCAAUGGAACAUAUAUUCCUCACCGAAAUCACCACUACCAAGUAAAGAACAGAGAACAGAACCAAUUCAGUCACCUGGCUGCAGGAGCUCAGGUGAGAAUUGCCAGAGUCAUACGCACAGCCCUCAGCAGGAAAAUAUUCCCCAACCAUUGGAAACGGACUGUAGUGAAGCAUUUGCCAGCACUAAUGAGAACACUGCUGCUCACUGUCCAGGGGAAAAAUGGUCCUACUCUUCUCCCAAGAGAAAGCAGCCUUCCUUCACCAGCAAGGAUGAGCAGGUUUCCCCACUCCUCAGCUCUCCUCAGAAGAAGAAAGCGAAUACAACUCUACCUCCCAAAGAGCCACUGAAUAGAUCUGAAAGGAAUAAAAAGUCGGCUGAUUCAGCUGAACCAAUUGUGCUUUCUAGCGAUGAAGAAGAGGGACAUGCAGAGACAGAAGAUCCAGAGAGAGACCUGCAGACUGGGAAAAGCCUCAAACCUGAGAAGAAGGAAAUGGAACAAGAAGCUGUGUUACCUUUGUCAGAAGGGCAGCUAUCACAGGUUGCAGCUGAAGGUGAAACAGAACAGGUUUCAGCUGAACCACUUAAACCGUGCUCCUCUGCAGAUCAUAGCACCUUUGGCGAUCAGAUGGGUCUUGCAUUAGAUAUAAAUUUUGAAAUAAUUUAUAUUGGAAAAUAUAAAGGAAAAGCAACAGGUUGUGCCAGAUUUACCGUCAGCUACAUUCAGAUCCCAUUUGAAGUGGCUCAUAAGAAGAUUGAACUGUCAGUGGAUUCUGAGCACUUAAGAAAGUUUGGGCUGUGGAUAAAUAAAGAUUCUUCAACUUCAAGGAACUGCAAUACCUUUUUUCUUUGGCUGUCAUCAGAUUAUGUGGAGCAGAUUGAAAAACAAAUUGGAACGCUUAUAUUAAACAAGCAAGCUAAGAGUGUUGAGUUUAUUUUUAUUAAGCUGCCUCAGCUGCUCACAGAAGAUGAUCAGGUCAUUCUGAAAAAAAUAAUUGUGGAAGUGAGCAAGAAGAAUGCCUCUCCAGACCUCUGUGACUACUUACUGUGGGAGGACGCUGUUGAGUUUCUUAAAGAAAUCCCACGUGAGGAAAAUGCCUUCCUUGAUCAGUGCUAUGAAGCAUCCCAGCAGCACUUACAGAAGGACAGCACUUCAGUUCUGAUGGAACCACCCCCUCGGGAAUCAAAACCAAGCCUCAACAAGCCCAGUUACAUGCUACUGCAGAAGCCAAAUAAUGGUCAUUAUUCCUUUUCCAUCACUUCCGUGCAGAAGAACGAGUGGAAAGAGUUGCGAGCGACUGGACCCGUUCAGAACUUGAUUGUUUACCCUCCCCCACCUGCCAAAGGGGGACUGGGUGUCACAAGAGAAGAUUUGGAGUGUUUAGAGUAUGGAGAAUUCCUCAAUGAUGUGAUCAUUGACUUUUACCUUAAGUAUUUGUUGUUGGAAAAAGCCCCCAAAGAACUUGCUGAGCGGUCCCAUAUAUUUAGCAGCUUCUUCUAUAAGUGCCUGACCAGGACAGAGGCAAGCACUGAAGAAAACCCAAAUCUUUCGAUAGCACAAAGAAGACACGGAAGAGUAAAAAGAUGGACUCGACAUGUAAACAUUUUUAGUAAAGACUACAUUUUUGUGCCUGUGAAUGAAGAGUCUCAUUGGUACAUUGCAGUUAUUUGCUUCCCUUGGCUGGAAAAAGUUGUAUAUGAGGAUUGCCCAGAUCAAGGUUCACCGCAGUCAUGCGCCCAGCAAUCUCCACGUCAGCCAGAAAUUAAACAUGGCACUAUUAGAACAGAAUCAGUUUUGGUCUUUAAUGAUACCAGGAGUGAUAAAGAGCAGCAAGACUUAAAUAGCAACCUACAGUCCAAAGAUAAUGUUCCGCAAGCAACUGUGUCCCCAGGAUUGGAUCACAAAGCUCUCAAAAGCUCCUCAAGCACUUCUAAAAUGAAGAAAAUUUGCAAAAGGCCAUGUAUCCUCAUCUUAGAUUCCCUAAAGGCAAGUUCUGUGCAGAAUACAGUUCAGGUCUUGAGAGAAUAUCUAGAAGCAGAGUGUGAAGCAAAACGCACAUUUCGGGUGUUUGACAAAUCAACAAUGGUGGAUUUCUGUCCGAGAGUUCCCAAGCAGCAUAACAAUAGCGACUGUGGAGUAUAUUUACUCCAAUACGUGGAAACUUUUUUCCAGAAUCCUAUUGUUAACUUUGAACUUCCAAUGCACCUGGAGCGGUGGUUCCCUCGCCAGAUGGUGAGAAGCAAGCGGGAAGAAAUUAGAGACUUAGUCUUGCAGCUUCACUUGCAGCAGCAGAGUGGCACCAAAAGCUAGCCUGAAUUUCCUUCCGAUUUUGCAAAAGAACUUUGUCCCAGACGUACUGGAAAUCCGAUCGGCAGCGUUUGUGCCUCCAUUCUUGCAGAGAAGAAAAACUGCAGAUAAAAUUGUGUGCAUUUUA